AUGUUGGUUCUCAAUAAUACUACAUCCCUAUCCCCAACCUUCCGCCUCACUGCCUUCCCUGGGUUAGAAGGUAAUCAUAUGUGGCUCUCCAUACCUUUCUCUUGUCUCUAUGCCACUGCCCUCUUGGGAAAUAGUAUGAUCCUUUUUGUGAUAAUCACUGAACGAAGCCUCCACAAACCCAGGUACUACUUCGUGUCUAUGCUAUCAGGUGUGGACCUAGGCUUGACAAUUACAACCCUUCCCACCAUGCUGGGUGUCCUCUGGUUCAAUUUGCAAGAGAUCAGCUUGAAUGCCUGUAUCAUCCAAAUGUUCUUCCUCCAUUUCUUCUCUUUUCUGGAGUCCUCUGUGCUUUUAGCCAUGGCCUUUGAUCGUUUCAUGGCCAUUUGUGACCCAUUAAGGUAUGCAGCAAUUCUCACUAAUUCAACCAUCAUGCUUAUUGGUCUGGUGAUCUUUGUGAAGCAAAUGGCCUGCAUACUCCCAAUAGUCUUGGCCUUGAAGGGAUUGUCUUUCCACAGAGGACAUGAGCUCUCCCACCCCUACUGCUACCACCCGGACAUGAUCAAGCAUUCCUGCACCAACCCCUGGCUCAGUAGCCUGAUUGGUUUAUUUUUUCUACUCUCCCACUCUGGUGUUGACUUGCUCUUCAUCCUCCUCUCCUACAUCCUGAUCCUCCGCACCCUCUUGAGCAUCACCUCCCCCAAUGAGCGACGAAAGGCCUUCAAUACCUGUGUCUCCCACAUUGCUGCUGUUACCAUAUUUUUUGUGCCCAUGAUCAGCGUGUCACUUACACACCGUCUAUUUGUCACUGCUCCACAUAUUGUUCCUGUCAUUAUGGCCAAUAUCUACCUGUUACUCCCACCUAUUCUGAACCCCAUUAUCUAUAGCUUGAAAACCAAACUGAUUCGCCAAGCUCUGCUCAGGCUGCUCCAAAGCAAAGAAGCCCUGAGCCAGGGGAACUGGCAGACACCAGCACAGAGACCUACCAAUUGUGUGGAAGAUGGGUGUCCACCAGCAGCUGAGCCUACACGUGCUCUGGCACAGCCCCAGGUGAGGAGGCAACCUCCAGCAGCCAGAACACCCACACCCUACCCAGCAAGCUUCAGUGUAACCCCCCAAAAUGCAGAAAAACCCCACCUGGCCUUGACCAACACCAGCUACUACUACCAACUCCAGGUCAGCACCAAGUAA